AUGUCGAGGGCUUCGAAUCCUAAGCCUCCAAGUUCUGCUCCUCCUUCUGCUGCCGCUGCCGCCACCUCCACCCCCGGCACCUCCGGCCCCGGCCAUGGCGCUCCCAGACCCGAGAAAGCGCGUAGAAGAACAACAUACCUCAACGCUGCUCCCUGCUCGACCACUGGCCUCGACUCAGGCGUCCCUCUCCUGAGCCCCUCCGUCGACAUGAGCCAGCCCUACAAGGCCGGUCAUAAUCGGGGCUUUUCUACUCCCGGCUCGCUCUGCCACCGCUCACCGUCCCCUCCUCCGACUCGCGACUUGAUAGCCAACCCGUCUCAAUACCCCUACGCCGAGCAGAACUCCUGGUCCUUCUCGCCCACCAACAGCGGCAGCUCAUAUUAUUGGAUCGACUUCGGACACUCACUUCACUACGAGAAUCUCCCCGUCCUCCAGCUCCCGAAAGCCGGUGGAGACCAUUCGGUCCCCGAACACCGAGGCGAUAAGUAUCAGGUCCCGAGCGACCCGUUCGCUACGGACGUUUAUUAUCUGGGCAAUCUCAUACGCCUGUACUUCGUCCAGCGCUGUAUCGGCUUCGGCUUCAUGGAGGCCUUGGUCAAUGACAUGGUUCAGGCCGACCCGGCUAAACGACCCAAGAUUGACGAGGAAGAGCUCGAGCUCGCCGCCUUCGGACGCCGAACAGCCUUUACUGAUGGUCCUGGCUCGCUCACCAUCGCAGAAUGUCGUUGGCUUCGAUGUCGUGCCUUUUUCGAUGAAGCUGGAUAUAUGUUUCGCGCACCCAGAUACCAGGAGGGCUGGGUGCCAUCGUGGAAGGGGAAGAAUCAGUUUUACCAAGAAACAGAGGAUGGGCAAGUGAGGGCCAAUAUCAUGUUCGACGCCAUCAGGACUUCAGAUGGAGCGCCUGUCAUAAUGAAACCCAUGAGCGCGUCCAAAGGUUCUCAUGAAUUGGAACUUACUCGUUACGUUAACACGGAACCUCUCGCUUCAGACCCUCGCAACCAUUCAGUGAAGCUACUAGACGUUUUGAGCGUGCCGGAAAUGGGAACGCUCGACGAUGAGUCGUCACUUGCGAGGCGAGAGGAUGUAGAAGUGCUCGUCUUUCCCUUGCUCAGGCCAUGGAACAGCCCUUCAUUUCAUACUGUUGGUGAAGUUAUGGCUAUGCUGACGCAGAUGCUCGAGCUCACCGGUAAAGCAUCAGAACUUCAUCAAACGGACUUAUUCAGACUUAUCAAGGGUGCUAAGUCCAUCUAA